UUUCCCAAGGCGGGCAGCGCCUACACCUACGCAUAUGUGGGCGUCGGCGAGCUAUGGGCCUUUGUUAUCGGUUGGAAUAUCAUACUGGAACACAUGCUGGGAGCCGCAGCGGUAGCGCGCUCAUGGUCCGGAUAUUUGGAUUCACUGUUAGGAAACGUCAUCUCCAACACAACCAUAGAACGAGUCGGUCGCAUUGAGAACUCGUCCUUUUUUGGUGACUACCCGGACGUGGUUGCAUUUCUGCUGAUUGUCGUUGUUGGCAUUUUCGUCGCCCUCGGCUCAAAAGUCUCAACAAACUUCAAUUCCGUCUUCACCAUUGUAAACAUGGGCGUGAUAGUGCUUGUCGUUGGAUACGGUAUUACGUUCGCGGACUUCUCUUUAUGGAGUGGCACUAACGAAGAGGGCGUGUCAAAG